GUUUCCUGUGUUAAUGUUGGUACAUGUAAUAUGCUAAUUCUGUACUGUGGAGAUCAUUAAGAGACAUUGUCAGAUGAAAAAAUCUUUCUCUAACACUGUUGACCUUGAACUGGAAGUGUUGGGAGUGGCAUCAAGUGCUGGGCCGGAUGUCCGUGGCAUUUAGGCAAUUGCUGGAUGUUCGGCCCCUCAGCUGUUGGCCAGCAGUAACUGUGGCCCCCGGAGCAAUUUAGUCGAAUAGCCCUCCAUACCCUCCAUCAAUAGCAUUCCAUGAUGAGAAUGUGGAAUGAUAUUUUAAAAGGUUUUACCAAAAUGGCUAAAAUUCAACAUAAUACAAUCUUUUAGGCUAAAUUUUUGAAUUACGGCGGGUGACAGGCAUUCAUUCUAAGAACACCACCCCUGGUUUUCAAUUGCCUCGAAAAUUGAGUCGUUCAUCGAAAAACUCGUCAAGUUGUUAAAUGAUAAACCGGCCUGCCAUACAGUCUGUGUGCUCUUUUGGUUUCCUGAAGCUCCGCCUACUUUCUAUACCGUUAAAACUCAGCGUCAAAUGUAUGUAAAAGAAAAAGUCGUCCGUAGUAGUUGCGGAACAAGCGAUUUAAAAAAGGUGAGAAUUUGAGAGUAGGAGGAAGAAGAAAUUAUUUAGGGUUUUUUAACGGGGCGUGGCUAAUCUAACACACAAACACGCGCACGCAUAACUUUACUGUAGAGAGGGGUUCAUCAGGCACUUCACUCAACGCGACGCUUUUCUUCGAGCGGACGAGCCCUCCUCUGUUUCGACGAAAAAAAAAAAGGAAAUGAGAUGAAGAGGAGGCUACACAAGAAAUACAUUAUUUUGAUUCUGGCAUAUUCGGGUUUGCUCCUGCUAAUCCCGUACGUGUUAGAUUACCGGGAUAAAUCCGCUCAGCGCGCCAGCCCGCCGCAGCAGCAGCCCAGAUGCCCGGACCUGGAGAACACGGCGGCUCUCCUGUGGGAUGACGGCUACAGAGCCAACGGCUCCGACGGCUCGGAGGACCCGGCCAACAACAGGAGCCAGCCCCGGACCCACAUCUACCUGCAUGCCACCUGGAGGACCGGCUCSUCGUUCCUGGGGGAGCUGUUCAACCAACACCCGGACGUCUUCUACCUCUACGAGCCCAUGUGGCACAUAUGGCAGGCGCUGUACCCGGGGGACGCGGGCAGCCUCCAGGGCGCGGUGCGGGACAUGCUGGGCGCGCUGUACCGCUGCGACUUCUCCGUGCUGCGGCUGUACGCGGGCUCGCAGAACAUCAGCACCGCCUUCAUCUUCGGCUGGAAGAUGAACAAGGUGAUCUGCUCCGAGCCGCUGUGCCAGGCGCACCGGCGGCACGAGAUCGGCCUGGUCCGGGAGGAGCAGUGCGCCAAGUGCCAGAAGCGGGACCUGCGGGAGCUGGAGAGGGAGUGCAGGAAGUACCCGGUGAUGGUGAUCAAAGGAGUCCGCGUCCUGGACCUCAGCACCCUGSUGCCGCUGAUGAGAGACCCCGCGUUGAAGCUCCAGAUCGUGCAGCUCUUCAGAGACCCCAGGGCCGUGCACAACUCGCGCCUCAAGUCCAAGCAGGCCCUGGUGAAGGAGAGCAUCCAGGUGCUGCGGAGCAGGAAGCAGAGCGACAAGUACAAGCGGCUGCUGGUGCCGAGCAACAGGCUGAACCGGGCCGAGAGCUACGUGUCCAGCGCCAUGGAGCUGAUCUGCGACAACUGGCUCAGCGACAUGAUGCUGGUGCGGAGCGCGCCCCCCUGGCUCAGGAGGAGCUACCUGCGCCUGCGCUACGAGGACCUGGUCCUGCGUCCCAUGGAGCAGCUGCAGCGGCUCCAGCGCUUCUCCAACCUCUCCUCCGUGCCGGCCCUGGACAGGUUCGCGCUGAACAUGACGCGCGGCCGCGGCUACUCCUCCGAUAAGCCCUUCCUCAUCUCGUCCAGGGACGCCCGGGAGGCCAUCUACGCGUGGCGGGAGCGGCUGAACGUGGAGCAGAUCAACCAGGUGGAGGCCUACUGCAGCGAGGUCAUGAGGCUCCUGGGAUACGAGCGGAGCCGCGUGGAGAAGGCCAGCUGAUGGGGACAGCACCUGGGAGCAGGGUCCUGGUAUUCAGUGCUGAGGGCGAAAGGUGGAAUAACUAAAGGAGCUGCAGGAAUGUGGUCCACGGCCGGCUCUCAUACGUGCCUCUUGGGUUGUUUUUUCUUCAGCGAGCCGGGUCGAUGAACUGGAGAAAACGGUGGAAGAGGAGGGGGUAAAAACCAGUGGAAAGAGCAGCCCGUCACAGAGAUGGGUUUGAGACGAUGAGAAGGGAGCUUGUUUUCACGGCGCUGCCUGUUGGACACCAGCAGAGAGAAGAGAGGGCCGUUCUGGCAGGAGGGUGGGGGCUGGGGGGAUAAAAUAAGGGAAAAGGCUGGUUUUGUGCUGCUGAUACACAGACCAGCCUCUAUCCUUCUGCCCUUUUAGCAGCACUAAUCCCUCCUCAAAUCCCUCACAAAGCGAGGGCCGUAAAAAAGAACCAGAGACGGGUCUCGUCCUUUUCCCGGGGGCGUGAUUUCAGGACGUCAGCAACUUUUCAGUCCAAGCUAAACAGCAAACAAGACAGCAGUCUUGAUUAUUACUGAAACUAAACAGCAGCGGACUGGUUGAACAAUUCAAACACGGAGCUGUGAAAGCAGAAACUAUUWUUCCCAAAAGAAAAGGUCAAACUGAGGAGGCUUUGUUCUACCCUCGCCCCUGGAGGAUCCAGAGCGCCGCAGCGCCCUUUGACCGCUCACUCACGUUGGUGUGAAAUUUUCUAAUAACCCACGAGACUCUCUAAGAGACACACCCCUUAGUGUCUCCUCUUUUUUUUUUUUUUUUUUU